AUGACGACUCCCCCGCCAUUAGGAGAUAGGCUCAAGGGUAUGCUUGAGCCUGCCCAGAUCAUGAAGUGGGCCAUGUCUCACUACAUCCGCGUAUGCGCAGAGGCUGUUUUCAAAAAAGGCGAGAUCUUUGCGCCUAUCCUCCAAAUUGAUCGACUGCGCGAUGAAGCGUUUGGUCGAUUCUGGGUCGAAUUCUCUAGAACAGGCACCCAAAUGCCCCUCCUCCGCUCGCCCUCAAUAAGCACAAUCUACGGCCCAGAGCCCUGCACCGGCCUGCACGAGAAACUGCGCGCCCGGGCCGUCGCCGAGGGAAUCUCAUCAAAGUACCACAUUCUCGCCUCCGGCGCCGCAGCAUCUCAACUCCUCCCCGCUCUCCGCGACUCCGGCACCGGUGUGACGGAGGCAUAUGACUCUGAUCCGCGGAGCGGGAUAUUCGACACGAUCAUCUGUGUGCGCGUUCUGUGCUCUGUGCCCGAGAUGGAGAGGACUGUGGAUGAAUUGUACGGGCUUUUGAAGCCGGGCGGGAAAUUGUUGGUCACGGAGCAUGUUGUCAAUGCGUGGCGGACGGCGAAGGGGUCUUUUCUGGCGAGGGUUGUGCAGGGUGUUUAUCAGGUUUUUGGGUGGAGUUUUUUUAUUGGCGAUUGUGCUUUGGAUCGGGAUACGGAGGGGGUGCUUUUGAGGGCUGCGCGGAGUGAUGGUGGGUGGGAGGUUGUGGAUUUGGAGAGGAGCUUUGCUUGGUCGGUUAUGCCUUAUCUUUCUGGGACGCUGGUUAAGAAGAGUUCGAUUUAG